CUACCUAAUCUGAUCUGCAGGCUUGGGCAGCAUCUUCCACCGUGCGCCUGUUCUGUUCUCCUCGUGUUCACAUGAGGAGAAGACAAAUUUAGUCACCUACUCAUCAUACUAAUAUGCAGUACUGAUGUCUACUAGUUGAGGAAUACUGGAAUAGGUGGAACAUCUUGAAGCAAUGGCGAAGGCGAAGCCCAUCCUCUACGGAGCCUGGAUCAGCUCCUGCUCUCACCGUGUCAGGAUAGCUCUCAACCUCAAAGGUGUGGACUAUGAGUACAAGGCAGUCAAUCCUCGGACAGAUCCAGACUAUGAAAAAAUCAACCCGAUCAAGUACAUACCAGCAUUGGUAGAUGAUGACUUUGUUGUGUCUGAUUCGCUUGCUAUCAUUUUGUACCUGGAAGAUAAAUAUCCUCAGCAUCCUCUCUUACCUAAAGAUCCCAGAAAGAAAGCUCUUGAUCUUCAGAUUGCAAACAUAGUUUGUUCAAGCAUCCAACCUCUCCAAGGCUAUGGCGUAAUUGGACACGAGAGUAAGUUGAGCCCUGAUGAAAGCAUUCAGUUGGUUCAACGUUAUAUUGACAAGGGCUUCAGAGCAAUUGAAAAGCUUUUGGAUGGAUGUGACACUAAAUAUUCCAUGGGAGAUGAAGUCCACCUGGGAGAUGUAUUCCUAGCACCACAGAUCCAUGCCGCCAUUAAUCGCUUCAAAGUUGAUAUGAAAUCAUACGACAAACAUUCCUUUUCUUCAGAAAAAGUACCCAAUUUUGGCGCGCUUCCAUGACGCGUACAUGGAGAUUCCGGCAUUUCAAGCUGCACUGCCCCAGAAUCAGCCAGAUGCACCUUCAACCUAACAAUCAGAAACUCGAUACGUCUAUCAAUAGCAGUGUCUGUGUAAUUUCCGCAAUAAUGAGGAUGGUAGUCAUUGCUUCCUGCUGACUGCCAUGCAAGAACGUGUCAUAACUUUCAGAGAGUUACUGUGCGUGAGUGUUAACUCAGGAUGAUGCUCGUCCUGAGUAUUAUAGAAAGAAUGUUAAAACCUGA